AUGUUCACUUCCGGUUCGUUGAACCAAUUAAAUUCUGCUGAAUUUGGAUCUAGGGGAAUUCAUCGCUUAUUUUUCAUUUCGAACUUUUUUGACGUAACGCGGGAAUUGUUAUGAAUUCACGUCUCGAUAUUGUUGUUUUUCUCCUUUCGAUAUCACGUUUUUGUAUCAGAUUUUCUCGAUGUUCUGCAAAUGACAUUUUUCUAUAAUCAAUCUUGUUCACGAUGAAAUGUGCCAUUCCAGGUGCCAAUUGCAAAAUUUUGGGAAGGGCUAUACACGCUCUUGCCAAAAUAAGCGAAGAAAUGUAUGUUGAACCCAGAGAAGAAUCACUCUCAUUUCGAUCUGUCAGUCCAACAAAUUCUGCGUACUGUGACUUCACUUUCCAAGAUAGUUAUUUUACGUUUUACUCGUUCGGAAAUUUAGAGGAAGAGGAUGCUCUCAAGUGCAAAAUCUCUAUGAAAAGUGCGCUUACUGUCUUCAAAUCGCUGCCGGUCAUUGAAAAACUUGUCAAAACUUGCCACAUUAGACUGGAACCCAAUUCCGAUCAGCUAAUUUUCAUAUUCGAAUUUAAAAAUAGCGUAGUUAAGACAUUUUUUCUUCCUAUCAUAGACUGUGAACAAUUGACUGGACCAUUGAUCCAGGAUAAUUUACCAAAUAAACUUUCUGCGCAAGCUCGUGUACUCACAGACGUUUUACAGAACUUUCAACAAAAUCUUCCCGAAAUAACAUUGGAAGUAAUGCACCAAAAGUUACUAAUGAGAAAUUACGUGGACGAAACUUCCACUAUGGCCAACUCCACAAGAACACAACUGGCAGUAACGAUUGGUGAAUUUGACGAGUACAAAAUUGGCCAAGAAGCUCAAAUAACCUUUUGUUUGAAGGAAUUCAGAGCAAUAUUGAGUUUUGCAGAAGCACUAACAUUGCCUCUUAAUGUUUAUUUCGAAACAAUGGGAAAACCGGUGUACUUUGACCUAAAGCAGGCAUCGUUCAAAGCGAAUCUCGUUCUUUCGACACUGAAUCCAGAGAGUAACGAUGUUUCCACGGCAUCGACACACGAGUUUAAACAAUCGAUGCGAAAAAAAACAACUGGGAAAAAGACGUCGAGACAACCGGCAAAAACGUCGAAGCGAUCUUCGAAUAAGUCGAAUGUUUUGAACGAAUCAGCAAUUAGCAAAACCAAAGAAACCCCGCUCUUGAAUCGAACAAAUUCACAAAAUAUUUCGCGUCAAACAUCGUUUCAAAACAUUGACGUUCCAACUUCUCAUGUGAACAAUACAAGAUCGAAUGAUAUAAACAAUCGAGAACUGUCCACUAAUGCCACGUCGACUCAUCAAACACAGGAAAACAUCUGCAAAAGUCUAGAAAUUUCACUCCAAUGUCGAGCCAGUACUUCGAAAAAUUGUAGCCCAGUCGUAUCGAGUCUUGGAACAGCGGGCAGCAGAAUAACUGAGCCAUCGAUAUUUUCACCAAGUUGGAAAAAACAGAACGAUAACAGAGAGGAAGAGAAUUUGGAUGAAAUGAUGGAAGUUGAUGCAAUACCUGCUUCUCCACCUCUGCCUAUUGUAAAAGUGAAAAAAAUUUUCAGAAAGUGUUACGAUGCGACGUUUGACACAAGAAUGUUAGUUGGUCAUGAUUCAAUUUUGGCUCUUGACUCCGAUGAAGAGAGUUGAUUCGGAUUCGAUUAUGUACAAUUUUCCAUUCAAAAGGACUGGAUCCAAAACAAAUUUUGAAUUUGCUAAAAAAAGAGGUAUCUUAACAUUCGAUUGCCCAAAACCAUUCAAUCAAAAUAGGAACAAAUCUAGAAAAGCUUUAGCGGAGCAAAUGCAUUUAUUUCCAUUUCAACUGACUGAACAAAGAUUGUACUUCUCUUAUAAUCAUUGUGAUGAGAAUUUUCCUUCAACAGUCCGAUCAAAAAUAUUCUAUGUACUUAGUUAAGGAUUUUUUUUAAGCAAAUUCAACAAAAUAAAAGAUUUUUGUAUUGUUAA